AUGGCUGCAAAAGGCCUCCCGUUGGAUGGCGCUUCUUUACUAUCCGUGACUUUGGAGGGCAUUGUAUACGGCUUUUCACUCCUCAUGUUUAUUGGAACUAUCUGGGCUUUGACCUACAGGCAGCGCAUACAGGACGUCAGUCGCCCGAUUGCCGUAGUGGCCAUCCUGCUGCUGAUACUGAGUACCGCGCACAUAAUCGUGAACGCCAUCCGUGUUCAAUAUGGACUAGUGAAGGAUCGCGACACGUUCCCGGGCGGGCCACUGGCAUUCUUCGGAGACCUCACCCAACCCACGAUGACGAUAAAGAAUGCAUUAUACGUCUUGCAAACUCUAUUGGCUGAUGGAGUAGUGAUCUAUCGCUGUUUAGUUGUUUGGCGAUCCGUCGCGAUUAUCAUCCUACCAAGCAUGCUGUGGUGUAGUGUCGCAGUGACUGGCACUCUUUCGGUCUACAGUGUUUCGCAAGCCAGCAAUAACCCCGGAGAUGUCUUCGCCUCGCACCUUUCGAAGUGGAUCACGGCAUUUAUGGCCUCGACUAUUGCGACUAACUUGCUAAGUUCAGGAUUACUGGCAUACCGCAUCUGGACGAUUGAACGUGAAACUUCUACAGCUCGCCCCGCGAAGGACACUAUGAUGCCCGUCGUGCGCGUACUCGUGGACACCGCUGUUCUGUACUCUGUGGUGCUCUUCACGGCGUUAAUAUGUUUCGCUUGCUCGAACAAUGGCGAGGUUGUCAUGCUGGACAUUAACAUGCCGAUCAUAGCGAUUGCCUUCUACAUGGUCCUUAUUCGCCUCGCAAUCAACAGAAAAAUUCGCAGUCAGCUCUCUACUGUGGGGGUGACCAACGAGAUGGAACAAGGCAAUGUGCGGCAGUAUCCCAUGCAAUCCUUGCAGGUCCAUAUAUCCCAAUUCACGCGCAAUGAGGAUACAUCAGUGUUCGGAAUAGGGACUCAAGACCAGCCAUCGACAUUCAAGGAGGAGUCCGGAAAGGGCUAGGACCUUGCCAGCAUUACCAAACCGAAUUUCGCUUGGGCGCCGUGGAUUUCGUGAUUUCCCCUAGAGACCUAUCUGUAUUUGUAAUUUAACAUACCUUCACGGUUGGACAGUUCCUGUUUUCCCAUCUUACCGUUUCCUUGUAGUUAUAUUCCCC